AUUUUAAAUUAUUCGUUGUUAACAAGUCCGCCGUCCACCAUUUUCUUGCGACACGUUUUCGUAUAUUGUUUUUUUGAGCGCUCAUAGUUAUAUUAGGUUAAAUAAAAAUGAAGUCUAAGAAGAAGUCCAAAAAGUCACCAAGGUCAAGGAAAUCUCCAGAAAAAAAAUUGUCGGUUGUAUUACCUGCUCCUGGGAUAAAAUCUGAUUCUCCGAACCCACAGAAACAACCAAUCAAAAAGAGGAGAUUGUACAGCAGAGAAGCCUUGCAGGCUGCUUACAAAGCUGUCAAGGACAGCAGCAUAUCUGUGAAUGCGGCUGCUAAACUAUUUGGUGUUCCUCUUACCACUCUCAGAGAUAGAGUAGACGGUAGAAUUAGCAUCGAUACAACAAGGCCUGGCCCACCUCUACUCAUGACAGAUGAAGAGGAGGCACACAUUGCACAUUUUCUCUUUACUAUGGCUCGUUAUGGGUAUCGUUAUACACGUCUUGAACUGGCUGAAAUAGCUACCGAUUUGGCAGUAGAAAAGGGUAAAAGAGAUCCACGUUCGAAUGGACUUACUACAAAAUGGGUUGACAGUUUCAUCAACCGUUGGCCAACUAUUCGAGAGCUGAGUUGUAAACUAAGGAACAAGUCCGAUGCCGAGCAUACAGUGCGGACAUACUUUGACGAGAUCAAAAAAAUCAUAGACAGGUACAAACUUUUGGAAAAGAACGACAGUAUUUUUAAUAUCAUGGAAAUCACCCUCAACACCGAUCAUGGGAUUGUUUCUGGUAAAGCUGGACACCAGUUCAAAACAGACAAUUAUACCAAUACAACCUUGAUAGCGUGCGGUAGUGUUUCUGGGAAGGUCAUCCCUCCCUUCUUUGUGUUCCAGUCGAACAGACUGCGUCCUGAAAUGAUGAAAGGCAUGCCUGCCAAUGUGAAUGCAUCGGUUUCAGAUACAGGGAAAUGCUCUCCUCAGAUCUUCAGGCGCUAUCUUAAUGAACAUUUUCUAGCUCAUGUUGAGCGUGAGGAGAACGAGCCCAUAUUGGUGUUAAUGGAUGGCUCAAGGAGCCACGUGUUUGUUGGCAUGAGUGAGUGGGGAAGACAGAACAAUGUAAUAUUUUCCUUCAUCCCAGCACAUACAACUCAUCUAUUGCAGCCGCUGGAGGUGGAUUGCUCUGAAGCGCUCAAGCAUAAGUAUGAGAGUGCCCGGCGCAGGUAUCUGAAGUCAGCUGCGGGCCCUUGCUACAGUAGAAACAGUAUUGGUGAGAUAGCUUGCCAAGCUUACUCUAAAGUGGUCAACAGGGCCAUGCUGAUGCAUUCCUUUAAGAAAGCUGGUGUGUACCCUGACAUCUCAUCAGAUGAGAGUGAAGAUGAAAUGGAAACCUGUGAUGUAGAUGCCUACAAAAGAGUUUCAUUGAAACAAGAGGAUAGCAUAGAGGAUGAAAUUGUAUUCACAGAAGAUUUAGUGGUUGGCCAUAAUCAAGAAGUUACGGAAGAGGAAGUUGUAACAACUCAGGAAGUAGUGCUCACAGAAGAUGGAGGGACAGAGGAAGUGAUCAUUUCUCCUGAUUGUACUCUUAUGCUGACUCAGAAUGGUGAGGUGGUCAUGGGUCCCAAUGGCCAUCUUGUAUUUCAUGGAAGUGAAUUAUUUGCCAACAGCACAGAAGGAGGAUUCUCUCAGCUUCAACUAAUUCAGUCAGUGGAAGGACUAGACGAACCAUCACCUACCAAAUCAGAUGGUAAUUCUGUGAAAGUCAGUCCUGUCAAACAGUGUAUAGUGGGUGUGGAAAACAUAUUGGCAGACCCUUCCCUUGAAAUAGACAUAGAUUCCGAUUUAAAUUCAACAGACAAUGGAACAGACAGUAUUAACUCCACAGACACUGGAGCGGACAGUUUAAAUUCCACAGAUGAGAGCUGUCAUCUGAGUAAUGUCAACAUAAAGGUUGAGCUGGACAUAGCAGAUGACUUGAGCUCAUUGAGAGAGGACAGUGAAAGUGGUCAGGGGGAGGACAAUUCUGUGGGGGUCAAAAAUGAAUCCGAACACGAGGAAGAAGUGAAGUGAAGUUCAUUUUGUUAUUGUACAUAAAAUCUGUUUAACUUAUUGUGUCCUUGCAAAACUUGGCAUAUUUCUUUCUCGUUAAACAAGACACUGAAAGCAUUUAAAUCUAACCUUUUAAUCAACACUCUAGUAUAGUAUUUUGAUAAAAGUUUCAACUGCUACGGUACUAACUCAUUGUGUUAGCUGGAAAGAUGUUGUUAUGUUUAUUUCACAAUUGUUGACUUGGUUCACAGAGUAUGUUUCCUAAAAAUAAAUAUUGUUUACCAUACAGUACUAUUGGCCAUUGUAUACUUAGAACUAAAUAUUGUUUACCAUACAGUGUUGGGACUUUUGGACAUUAUAUGUGUAGUGUUGGUUAAUUCUUGCUGAAAUAUAUAUUUUUAAUGACUUUUGUAUGAUGAUUAUUUGAUAAUAAUUGUUGUUCUACUGUUAAACAAACAACAAAAUUUGUGAAGGAAAAUUAGCAAAAAUAUUUGUGAAGAAACUAAAAACUCCCAGGUGACAGUUAUUUUUAAGGCAAAUGUAAAGCUGUGAUGGACUGUUAGUUUGUGAUGGAAAAGAUGGAUCAGAUCAGUUUCUGGUUAGUUGAUUCUAAAGUAUGAAAUUAAUUAGCAAGUUGAAUACUAGAUAAGGUUAGGCAAAGCCCUGAGCUUCACUUUAGUGUGGAGUGUACCAGGGUAUUUUUUUUUUUUUUUAAUGGAAUGAAUGAGAAAAAAAGGAAUAUAAAUCAAAUGAAUGACUCACUAGCUUUAAGAUGAUCUUAGAAGUAAUUCUUGUUAGGUUGUACUUGGCCUUGGGUAGCCAUUCUAAAAGUUCUCUCUCUGCUUAGCUCCAGUAACCUCAAUGGUUAGCAAGAUUGUGUUCCUAAUGCCUGUAAAAGUGGAUCCCCUUUUCUUUUUUUUCCCCAGUUGUUUGUAACCCUGGGAUAUCUGAAUGCAUUCUUGCUCUUGAAAAUGACUUGGUCAACUAAAUAAGAAUGUAGGUCACAUUGAUGUAUGACCUCGUUCCAAAGUGGCAAAUUCUUUGCUGGAACUUCAGCUGUUACCCGUGAUAGAUCAAAUUUCUUUUACCUCCAUGUUUCACUGUCGUAUUAGGUUAUCACAAGUAAAUACUAUUAUUUCAGCCACUAUGUACAAUAUAUUGUUACUAGUUCCAUAAGUCAGCAUUGAUAUUUUGAUACACUCAGUUGUUUGCUAAAGGCUGCAGAGGAUAAAUGUAACAAAGUGUCUAGUGUGAAGUGGACAUUUGUUUGUAACAGAUCCUUUAUUUGGUAGUAAUAAAUGUGAACUUUUCUCCUCUACCGGGAAGUAAAAUUGGAUUGAAAAUGUAAAAAAAAAUAAAAAAUGUGUGGGUACUGCCUUUGUGGGAGGAUGGUAGAUGCCUUCCAUAUUUUACUAGUUCUGUGCCACAAUCCUUUCUAUUGAAAUUGUAAUCUACCCUCUUUUUAGUUAGUUUGGGGGGGGGGGGGGCUACUUUCUAUUUAUGAGCAGCAAGUUAAAGCAUGUGGAGUUAUGACUUUGAAGUACCAUAGGUUGUAUAUUGUUUUGUUUUUUAAUGGAAUCAUAUUUAAAAAAAAAAAUCCAAGUCCUGUCACUUGUUGGUGAUGCAACACCCACUUUCCACGUGAUGUUCUAAACUAAGCCAGAUUGUAUCUUUCAUGAUUGAAUUCAACUUAAAAUGUAAUAGUCUUUAGUUGGUGUUGUUUUAAGUGUUAUAAAUUAGAAAAGUCUUUCACUUUUUUUUUUUUCCUGAUUGAAAUAUUUGAAUCUUCAGAUGUUUUGUGUGUGUAUGUGCUACUAAAUGUUAUGUCAGUGCUACUAGAUGUCAUGUCAUUUCAGAAUUGUUGUACGCUCUUCAAUAAAAUGUAUUCUUGUA